AUGUCGUUUCCAGAAAAAGUAACAUGUAUUAAUGCUAAUUGUGGAAAAACGUUUCGUGUGUCCUCGGAUAAAAUUCGCAACGUAUCUGAUCAACAAACAUAUUCUUGGUUGCAUGAAAUAUUAACAAAAAAAGGUAGCAAGAUCCCAAACAAGGAACAAAUUUUCUGCUGCCAAGCAUGUAUACUAGGAUUUCGUCGGUCUUUACAAAACACCUCCAGUAGUAUAGCUGAUUUUCAUGAGCAACGUGUAGAGAUGGAUACAAGUGAUUGUGACAAUAGCGAUGGUGACGAUGAACAAUUGCUAACAGUUGAUUCUUUAACAUAUGCUGGAUCAAGCCAUCGUCAGUGUGUUAUUUGUCGGAAGGAUGUUGGCGCAGGUUGCUGUGUGAUGCUAAAAAGAGCACGUCUUGAUUUACUUAUUAUUCAUCAUAUGUAUGCACCACAUGGCGUUCGUUGUUGUCGUACACAUUUGAUAACAGAACGAUUAUUACCAGAUUCAUUUGUCAAUAUGGAAAACAUACAAACAAUGAAUGUAGCAUUAGAUUCAAAUGAAGUUAUUAACCUUUUGAACGAUCUACUUGGUUUACUCGAAGAUGUAGGCUCUUGA